UGAAGCGAGACAAGUACAAAGGAGAGUCGAGCCGCCGAGUCCAAGUUAUUCCUGCGCUUCGCUCCAAAGGCUGCGCUGAUGGCAUCCGUACUUGGAAACAGCAGCCGCGCGUCGGGGGCUCAGAGCGGCCAGGUCAAAUGCAAGCUGAAAAGGAGAAGAAGGAGGCGAUCGAAGAGAAAAGAGAAAGUCAGUAUGCUGUCAGCAUUGAUCGCUCCUUUCAAGUACAUAAGCCCUGGGACCAGCAGCACAGAGGACGAGGACAGUUUAAGCACUAGCAGUGCAGAGGUGAAGGAAAACCGUAACAUUGGCAACUUAGAGGAUCGCUCCGUAGGAUCUCCAGAGUGCCAGUCGCUUUUCUGCUCCGACUCCGCGAGAAGUGGGAGCUCUGGUCUGAAGAGGAAACGGCCACUGGAGGAAGACAACAAUGGGCACUUGUGUCAACUCCGCUUGAUCUAUAAGAAACUGUCCUGGUCUGAGGCACCAAAGAAUGCUUUGGUGCAGCUCAAUGAACUUCGACCGGGCCUGCAGUACCGCAUGGUGUCACAGACAGGCCCGGUCCAUGCUCCUGUCUUCUCCAUCGCUGUGGAGGUGAAUGGGCUGACCUUUGAGGGCACAGGCCCCACAAAGAAAAAAGCUAAGAUGAGGGCGGCUGAGCUGGCCCUCAAGUCCUUCAUUCAGUUCCCCAACGCUCCUCAGGCACACCUAGCCAUGGGAAACAUCUCGAACCCUUCAUCUGACUUCACCUCAGAUCAGGCAGACUUCCCAGACACACUCUUCAAGGAAUUUGAGUCUUCACAGUGCUCCGAUGGCCUCUCGCUCUGCAACUCAGCAGCAGAGAGCGAGCUACUAUCGAGUGAGCUACUAAGACAUGGAAGGUUGCUUCGCCAUACCUUAGACCUGAUGGUACAGGCUCAGCAGAGGCUGGGUGGUAUUGUUCCAGAGCCAGAGGCCCCUAAGAGCCCUGUGGCGUUGCUCAAUGAGCUCCGACCGGGCCUGCGUUAUGCCUGCCUUUCGGAGCGAGCUGAAGGCCGACGGCUGCGUAGAUUUGUGAUGGCUGUGCGUGUGGACGGGCGGAUAUUUGAGGGCUGCGCUCGCAGCAAAAAGCAGGCCAAGAACCAGGCGGCCCAGUGUGCUCUUCAGGCCCUCUUCAACAUCAGGACAGCCCCUGAGGGGAGGACAGGCCUCAAAGCCAGCAGGAAGAGCUGUCCUCAUUUACCCCAGGACUUUGCCGAUUCAAUAUUCCACUUGGUGAGGGAGAAGUACCGGUCGCUGGUGGGCAGCUGCAGUCCUGCGCACGCUCGACACAAAUCCCUGGCAGGCAUCGUAAUGACCCAAGGUCUGGACCUGAGGCACGCCCAGGUGGUGGUGUUAUCCACAGGCACUAAGUGUAUCAACGGGGAGUAUCUGAGUGACCAGGGACAAGUGGUCAAUGACUGUCACGCUGAAGUCACGGCCCGCAGAGCUCUGCUACGCUUCCUCUACUCUCAACUUGAACUCUUCUUGAGUAAAAGGCCAGAGGACUGGGAGGAGUCGAUAUUUGUGCGGCGUAAGGAGUGCGGCUACAGGUUGAGAGACGACGUCCAUUUCCACAUGUACAUCAGCACCUCGCCGUGUGGGGACGGGAGGCUUAACUCACCCUAUGAAAUCACCACUGACUUACACAGCAGCCGACACCUCAUGAGAAAGCACCGCAGCCACCUGCGAACCAAAAUCGAGUCCGGAGAGGGGACAGUGCCGGUGCGAUGCCGGGGGCCUGUCCAGACGUGGGAUGGCAUCUUACAGGGAGAGCAGCUUAUCACCAUGUCCUGCACAGACAAGAUCACCAGGAGGUAG